UUUGCGCAGAUGGGUUGGUGCGAGGUGAAGUGUUUGGCGUAAAGUUUGUCCAUGUUGGGAUUCCGUCUAGGCACCAUCCUUAGCUUUGUGUCAGUGGAAAGGUGCUAGCAUUAGCACCCCGACCUCAAAAAUCACAGCUGCAAUGGAGGUGGAGAAAGCAGGCUGUUUUGCCGACGUGAGAUUGAACACAGCCAGUCGAUAGUGGUAACGUUAGGGCAGACGAGUUCGGGCGAAAGAAGAUUCAGUUCGUUUAUGACACUGUUCUAUUCUGUCUCGACUGGGAGCUACCGCCCCCCAGCCCCUGCAGACGCCGCAGCAGUGGUCUGCAUAUGCGAUGACGUUUUGAGAACUGUAGGGGACAGCGAUGAUGGAGUUGGAUAUCGACCAGUCUCACCUUCCCAGAGUCCAGGAAGCACACACUGAAUCCCCAGCAGUCCCCGUGUCAGUCAAACACAACACUGCCCCUGAGUCGGGAGCUAAAGAGUUAUGUGAGUGCUUUGCUGUUCUGGAGGAUGGGGCUUUGGCUUAUAAUCUUCAGGAGCAGGAGAUUGAGCAGUACUACAACUCCAACGUGCAGAAGAGCCAGCUGGUGCAGAAUGACAUCCGCAUGGCCAAGCGGCUGCAGGACGAGGAGGCGGAGCAUGCCAGCCAGGCCGCGCGCCAGCUCGAGGAGCGGGACUCGGAGUACGCGCGGAUGAUUCAGGAGGAGAUCCAGAGAUGUGCGGAGGACGCUCGGAGGAGGGAGGAACAGGAUGAGGAAAUGGCGAAGCGCCUACAGGAAGAGGAGGAGCUGGACAUCAGGAGGCGGAGGCUGGACAGCGGUUGCCAUGGGGACGGCGGCGACGUCGUCCUUCUCGGAGAAGAGCGCGCCAGUGUGCCCGAGCGGUCUCGUCCACGUCGGCCCGUUCGCGCCCGCCGCGGCCCCAGCACCAGCCCCAGCCCCGACUCCAGCUUCAGUGAGGGAGAGACUCGCGUCCCUCCCGCCAGCAGGGGGCGCUCCUCCAGGUCGAACACUGACUCCGACUCUGCGGAGCCUCCCCGUGAACCCCGGAGCCCCGUCCUCCAGAACAACAGUGUCCCCCAGCAGGCCUCCAGACAGAGCGAUGCCCUGCGGCUGAUUAGAAACCUUCUCCGGGAGUCUUUAGGCCCCACCUAUAACUUCGAUGAAGAGGUCUUCCUUAGACCCCCCUCCGUGCCAGCCUACAGGCUGCAGAAACGACUCAACACCGCCCCCUCUGGUCAACAGGGGCUUGACCGCCACUCACAGGGAAGGCGGAACCACAGUUUCCCCAGCAGUGAUAGAGCGGGGGAGGGCUGGGAAGAGGGGGCGGGGGGAUCAAGGAGGAACGGGAACAGGGAUGAGAGGUGGCAUAGCAACAGCUACCAUGGAGAUAUGAGGCGGGAGGAUGAGUAUCAUAGCAACGACGCGAGAUAUCAAGACAGGGUGUCCUACAGCCAGACUUACAGAGAGGGCGGAGAGUACAGCCAAAGGCACGUCCACUUUCAGGAUGACAGGCGGCGCUACAACAGUUACCAUGGGGAUGGCAGGAGAGAAACCGCUACAGGCGGCUACCAGAACAAUUUCUUAGAUAGGGGCGUGGCUGCAAGGCGUAGCAGCUACGGCGAAUCGCGGCCGGUGCAGCGAAGCGGCAGCCAGGGUAACCAGGACGUGCACCGGACCGGGACAGGCGGCUUCCAUCAUCUGAGUCAGGUCUUACUGCGCACUGUGCCCGCGAGGCGCAGUUACCACGGAGACGUCAGGGACAGGAGGAGGGAGGCGGGCCGAGACGACCGCCGGGCGUACGGCGACCAGGGCGCGCAAAUCGGGCACCGGGUGAGCGCCCGGGAAAACCCGCCUAUCCAGGAGGACAGGGUCUACCGCCCGGGCGAUCACCGCGACAACAGGUCCGCGGGCCAGGACCACGGCGACCGGCGGGAGAGGGGGGCAGGUAGCCAUGGGAACGGGUGGGGGAGAGAGGAAGGCGGGGCCGGCAGGGACAACAGGUCCGCGGACCAGGACCACGGCGAGCGGCGGGAGAGGGGGGGAGGUAGCCGUGGCAACGGGUGGGGGAGGGAGCAAGGCGGGGCCAGCGGGGAUCGCGGCCACGGCGACCGCAGGGUGAGGCGGAGCGUGAGCGAGCGCUGGGGGGCGCGCGAGGAGGAGCCGGGCUCCAGCUCGGAGGAGGAGGAGGAGGAGGAGGGGAGGUGGAGGGUUGAGAGGCGACGGAGCGAAGGUGGGGGACAGAGGGAGGAGAGGCCGCCGAGCAGAGGCGUCCGGCGCUCCAUCAGUUUCUCCGGCAGGACGCCGCCCCCCGCGGCCGGACACAGGGGUGCAGGGCCGGCCCCUCGACGGGACGGGGCGAGCCUGGAGCUCAGGGAGCUGGGGCAGGUGCUGCGGGACGAGGAGCUGGCCCGCAUGCUGCAGGAGGAGGAGGAGGAGCGGCUUCUGAGGAAGAGCCCGACGUCUCCGCGAAGCCCGCAGGACUUCAACCCCAGGGGGGAUUUCAGAGUUGCCCAGGUGGCCCAGGAUGAGGAGAUAGCCCGCUUCAUGCAGCGAAAUGAGAGGAAGACCCAGCGGCGGUCAGGUGACCCCGAAGGUCAGGGGUCGCAGCGGGAGCACGACGACCCAGGCAACGGCCAAGAGAGAAGGUCAGCUCGGGAGAGAAAGGUGGAGGUGCCUCAGGGGCCCCGGCUGAGACUGGACUCAGAGGGGUUAAACUCGCCUAGUGAGGACCUGUCCCCAGAGUGCCAGCCCCCCAGUCCCAGCUCUGCGGCAUCGCAGCUGCAGGCCGUGAGGAACAUUGCGGAGGAGCUGGACCCCACCUUCAGGGCCAUACGGCGGGACAGCAAUCCAGCGGGACAGGCCUCCUCUGCUCUCUCGACCAGUCCCUCUUCUCCCUCCGGUCUCCAUGACUACACGCCGGAACCCACCUUCGUCCCGCCCACCAAGCGGCAGAGCGACAAAUCGACGCGCUCCAAAGCCAAAGAGAAGAAGGAGAGCUGUAAGCAGCAGUGACUCCGCACCCCCCCCCCCCCCACGCUUCUACAGAGCCCCGCCCCUGCUACAAUGCCACGCCCACAUUUAUGAAACUCCAUCUUGCACUUCCCUCGACACCCCCCCCCCCCCCCCCCCCCCACCGGAACAUCGGUGGCACCUCUUCUGGGUCUGAGGUCAACGAUUGGCCGGGGGAGCAGGAAGUGAAGGUGGAACAGGAAAGGCUGAAGAGGUGCAGAAUGCCGGUCCUUGGUCCCCCCCCCCC